UUACCUAGAGUAUUAUACCUUUGCUGUCAUUUGCAUUGAAAACAGGAACCGAGGAUCGAUUUCCAAAACAAACUCAUUCCAGCUAUAAAAAGCAUGUUUCACCUCCUUCACUUCCUACAUCACUUCCCACAUCAGUGUUUUACACGCACAACGUAUGCCACCUCUGAAGUGUGAUUUACUUUUCAGUAAUGACCCUGGCAGAAAGAUGGUUGCAACAGGCCUGACUUGUUUCCUCAUCGCUUCAUUGAUUUACUAUGUAAUGUCUGCUUGUCAUUCACCCACUGCAGGUAACAUCACUGCACAGGUGACGAACCUCUCCUCUGUAAUCGGCUGUGUCACUGAUGUAAAUGUCACCUGUGAAACGAACCUGUCUCUGAACCUGAUCUAUGGCUUUGAGUGGCAGAAGGACCAGAAUAAUAUAGACAGCAACAAGCAGAACAUUUUGGUUCAGAUAAAAAAAAAUGUGACACUCACCUGUACUGUUCUGAGUUCAUGUGGAAACGUCACCUCUUCAUCUUACAACAUAACAAGAAGUUGCACUGAAGAUAACAUCACCACCGUUCUGCUGAUCUGUGGAGCAGGAGCUAUUAUCGUCAUCUUCAUGUUUGCCAUCACCAUGAAGAUUAUGCUGAAGCGAGGAGAAGCUCAAAGGCAGGCCAGGAGGCAACAGAGACAGGCGAUGCAGGGCAAUGACAGCACUGCGACCGUCACAAGCUACUGGUGAGAGAGACAGAGAGUGUGUGAAUGGCAUUAUUUAAUUUGUUACAGAACAGCAUGUGAGGCCAAGAUAUAGUCAUUUUUCCUCUGUGGACACUCUUUUUCUGUUGAUCUGUUUUUCUUUGAAAAUAAUUUCUAAUUUUGCUUUACUUAAUGGCAAAUCCUGAUGUUAUGGAUUUAUUUGUUUUUAAUUAAUUUUUUUUCAUUUAAUUUUCAUUUUCAUUUAAUUAACAAAUUUUUAAAAAUGUAACAACUAACUAAUGAAUUGCUUAACUAUUAAUUAUUAUUAAUAAUAAUUAAUAAUUAAGUGCUGAGGUGCAGUUUACAUGGAUCAAAAAUAAUAUCUUUGUACACAAAGUGUAUAUAUAAUAUAUAUUUUACUAAUUAUAUAUUAAAAUAAUUAUAUAAUACGUAGAACAGUUAUGUAAAUAAGUAUGUAAUUCUGUGGCAUUAUGAUAUUCUACGCAAUGUUAUUAAUCAAGAAUGAUAUCACGACACAUUUAUAUAAAUACUAUUAACAGUCAUUUGACUCGUUUAAAAUGUCGUUCAGUAUAUGUGGUAACUGUAAAUGCAUACUUGGGUAUUAUAUUGCAUACUUGGGAAAUAUUUUUUUUAUUUUUGAAAUAUCUUUUUAUUUUAUUAAUUAAAUAUUAUUGCAAUUAUAAUUUGUUUGUUUUCAGCAUAUACAUUUUUUGUUAUCCUUUUUAUAACUUUGACUCAAUUUAAGUAUAUUGUUAUCGAUAACUGAUUUUAUACUACACUGUAAAACGGGAUAAUUUCAUUUAACUCAAAAAAUUU